AUGCGGGAGCUGACCCGCCUGCUGGGGAAGACGCCCUUCUUCCAUGGGGACAUGAUGGUAGGGGCAGGCGCCGGGCUGGGAGGGGUUACGGGCGCGAGCUGCGGGAGGACUCUCUUGGACUUUGCCAUCGAGGUGAUCUGCGACUCGCUCGACCACGUGGCGGAGGACCGAUUUCCGAUCGCGCUCGAGUUUUUCGAAGCCCUUGUGAGAAUAUCAGAGGGGAGACUCGGCCCUCUUGCCCUUCAGCGAACCUUCAGGGGACUGUCGUUUCUGUGCGCGUACACAUGCUCCUCGCGGCGGUGGGUGCAGGCAAGCGGCGGAACCAAGGGGCCGCUAGAGGACGACAACCGUGCAUUUUCGGCUCUCAAAUACCUGCUCAGGCUUGUUUGCGGACAGGCGAGUGGAGAUUGCCGAGGAGGCCAGGGAGGCGUUCCGGCGAUCCAGAGUGACGGAGACGGGGCCUCACGGUCCCCUGUUGGCCACGACUCCAGGGAUAAUGGCCAUCCCGACGUGGGACACGUACACGCCUAUGGUCGUCAAGGGGGGAGGGAGGGAGGCAUCCCCGUGGGCGCGGACCCCGGACAUGGACCGCGCUGGCGGUGA